AGCGCGCGGGGGUUGGCCGCGGGGCGGGCCGGGCGCAGGCGCGGUGCUGUUAUUGUUCCGCCGUGCCAGCGCCUGGCCCGGGCUGCCGCGGCCGCCAUCGCUAUCGCCAUGCCGAUUAACAAGCCUGAGAAGCCGGACAAGCCGGAAAGCUGUGACAAUGUCAAGGUGGUUGUGCGCUGCCGGCCUCUCAAUGACCGGGAGAAAGCUACAGGCUACAAAAUGGCAGUGAAUGUGGAUGAGAUGAGGGGAACUAUAACUGUCCAUAAAACAGACUCGUCCAAUGAGCCGCCGAAGACAUUCACGUUUGACACAGUGUUUGGACCAGAGAGUAAACAGCUGGAUGUCUAUAAUUUAACAGCAAGACCUAUUAUAGAUUCUGUUCUAGAGGGAUACAAUGGUACUAUUUUUGCAUAUGGGCAGACUGGAACAGGCAAAACCUUCACCAUGGAAGGGGUCCGAGCAGUUCCUGAGCUCAGAGGCAUCAUUCCCAAUUCUUUUGCCCAUAUAUUUGGUCACAUUGCCAAGGCAGAGGGGGAUACAAGGUUUUUAGUUCGUGUCUCUUACCUGGAAAUUUACAAUGAGGAAGUGCGGGACCUGCUGGGAAAGGACCAGACACAGAGGUUAGAGGUGAAAGAGAGACCUGAUGUGGGAGUUUAUAUCAAAGACCUUUCAGCUUAUGUUGUAAACAAUGCAGAUGAUAUGGACAGAAUCAUGACUCUGGGCCACAAGAACCGUUCUGUUGGUGCCACAAACAUGAACGAGCACAGCUCUCGCUCACACGCCAUCUUCACUAUCACCAUUGAGUGCAGCGAGAAGGGCGUAGAUGGCAACAUGCACGUGCGCAUGGGCAAGCUGCACCUCGUUGAUCUUGCUGGCUCUGAAAGACAGACAAAAACUGGAGCCACAGGGCAGAGACUGAAGGAAGCCACAAAAAUCAACCUCUCUCUCUCCACACUGGGCAAUGUUAUCUCUGCACUGGUGGAUGGCAAGAGCACCCACGUGCCCUACCGUAACUCCAAACUCACACGGCUGCUGCAGGACUCCCUGGGGGGCAACUCCAAAACCAUGAUGUGUGCAAACAUCGGACCAGCAGACUACAACUACGAUGAGACCAUCAGCACCCUCAGGUAUGCAAACAGAGCCAAGAACAUAAAGAACAAGGCCAGGAUUAAUGAGGAUCCCAAGGAUGCUAUGCUCCGCCAGUUCCAAAAAGAAAUUGAAGAGCUUAAGAAAAAACUGGAAGAAGGAGAAGAGAUCUCUGGUUCUGAAACCAGCGAUUCUGAAGAGGAGGAUGAAGAUGGGGAGAUUGGAGAGGAGAAGCGGAAGAAACGGCGGGGCAGUAGCAGCAGCAGUAGUUCAGACUCCACAUGCUCUGUCAUAGAGAAACCUCUGGAUAAGUCCUUCACUAAUCAAGCAGGCAAAAAGAAAGUUUCCCCUGAUAAGAUGGUAGAGAUGCAAGCAAAGAUUGAAGAGGAGAGAAAAGCUCUUGAAACUAAGCUUGAUAUGGAAGAAGAAGAAAGAAAUAAAGCCAGAGCUGAACUGGAGAAGAGAGAAAAAGACUUGCUCAAAGCUCAGCAAGAGCACCAGUCCCUGUUGGAGAAAUUGUCUGCAUUAGAGAAAAAGGUGAUCGUGGGAGGAGUGGACUUGCUGGCAAAAGCAGAGGAGCAAGAGAAGCUUUUAGAAGAAUCAAACAUGGAACUGGAGGAACGAAGGAAGAGAGCAGAGCAGCUUCGCAAGGAGCUCGAGGAGAAGGAGCAAGAACGCUUGGACAUCGAGGAGAAGUACACCAACCUCCAGGAGGAAGCACAGGGGAAAACCAAAAAACUGAAGAAAGUUUGGACCAUGCUUAUGGCUGCAAAGUCAGAGAUGGCAGAUCUACAGCAAGAGCAUCAGAGAGAGAUUGAAGGGUUGCUGGAAAACAUUCGGCAGCUGAGCAGGGAGCUUCGUCUUCAGAUUCUCAUCAUAGACAACUUCAUUCCUCAGGACUACCAGGAAAUGAUUGAGAACUACGUUCACUGGAAUGAAGACAUAGGAGAGUGGCAGCUGAAAUGUGUUGCAUAUACAGGAAACAAUAUGAGGAAACAGACGCCUGUCCUGGAUAAAAAAGAGAAAGAUCCCUUUGAAGUGGACCUUUCCCAUGUUUACUUAGCUUACACUGAAGAAAGCUUGAGGCAAUCUCUGAUGAAGCUGGAGAGGCCAAGGACUUCAAAAGGAAGAUCCAGGCCCAAGACGGGUAGAAGAAAACGUUCGGCCAAGCCAGGAGCUGUCAUUGAUUCCCUGCUGCAGUAGUGUGACCUGGUCAGAAUUCCUGUAAAAAUCAGUGAGUGUAUAAGGUUUGGCCAGAAUAUGGAAUUCAAGAGAUGGCACAGUUUGACAUGGCUAUAAUUUUUUUAUUUAAAAAAAUGUAUUUUUCAUUAGUUGCCUGUAUAUUGUAUGUUAUAUUAACAAAAUAUUAAACCGGUAUGUAUGAUUGGUGGUUGUGAAAGUUCCAUGUAUUAAAUGUGUUGUGCAGGGAAACUUGUUGGUAAUCCUUGUUGAAAUGUAUAGAAAAUAGGGUUCUAGAUGUGUGUUUAAGUGCUAGAUGUGUUAGUUCAAAACAGUUAAUGAAAUCCUGAAAUUAAGGCUGGUAAUCUGAUUUAUGCCCUGCUUUGCACAUAACUGGCAGCUUUCACUGUUGUCCUCUGUUGCACUGAUCUGUGUUUGAAUGUAGUUGCUGCAAACCUUUAAAAGCAUCAAAUAUUUUUAUUUAAUGUUCCUCACUGUGGCUGUUAACACACUGUUAUGUGUUGAAUACGCAGUGCUUUUUUCUUUUUGCUGUCUUCCUGUAUAGAGAAAGUAGCUGGGUAGGAAAAACAUGAACCACAAAAGUCUCGAGAUUUCUGAAAAGGGACCAUGGGUGUCUAAUAGUUCUUUUAUUUUUAUCAUUUUGUUUGUGAUCUGCUGGCACUGUGGAGAAUGAGACCUUGGAUAUUAAGACAGAAGAGAGCGUUUUUCCUUCUUUUAAGGCUGUUACUUUGGCAGCUUUUUAUGCUUCAGGGCUGGUAUUUUUGUGAGUAGUUUUGUAAUCUGAACAGCUGAGAUGAUUUAAGGAAGAUGCUGUAACACCAGGACUUGGUGUCAGCCAUGGCACUGUGAGCACUGUGGCUCUGUUUCCUCAUCCCUGGCUACAAGGCGCUGGGCCACUGCUCUACAUUGAGGAUAAAUUUGACUCUCCUUCAGUAAAACAGAAUGAAUUGUCCAAUUUUCCCAGAACAAUAUACCUUGACAUAGCUGGUGCUAUGUUCCUGUGUGUACUGUGUGCGUCUCUGGCUGUGCUCUGAUGAGAGGAAAAAAAUUUUGGUCUCUAAUAAUAACCAUUUAUUUGUGAUGGCUGCUCUUUAUAUUUGAUAUUUAUGCUGCUAAUAGACACAUAUCACUUUAAUGUGUUGCUUUUGUGUCACAGAGAAAAUGCAUCUCCUUCAGACUGGAUGUGUUUUAUAACUCAUCACAUCAGCUGUGGGUAUCUCAGCAGCUUCUGUAGGGUGGAGGGAUGAGCUGUGACCUCAUCUUAGUGUUACCUGGAGGUUUAAAAGCUGUGAUUACUGACAGGAGAAAUGGAGUCCUUCAGUGUGACAGAAAACAAGACAGCUCCUCAGAUGUCCUGAGUCCUUGCUGGUAGUCACAUCUGCUUUUACCAGAAUGUUCCUGUGAAGUACUUGAAGAAGUUAAAUGCCCUUUCUUCCUAUCAUGAUGGUUAUCUGGAGGUACCUUGGGGUCUGUGACAGGAUCUAUAACAGUUAAAACUGGUCUUGUAAGGACAUGUUUUGCUCUGAAGGAUAUAUUCAGUGCUAUUCUAAUCAAGUUGUAAGCUUUUUUUCUGGUGUUUUUAAUGUUUUUUUUCAGGAUCAUAUCCUGGAAGAACAUACUGCCCUCUCUAUUGGGGGGAGUGUCACCUGAAUUCCUACAACAUACAGAUACAAGCACUAGCAUUUGUUUUUUUCUAGCCUAGCAUUUAGGGGUAAAUAUUCAGAAACUUUCUUGACUG